AUGGUGGUGGCUCGCUUAUUUCGCCGGAGGGAACUCGGCCGCACAGUUUCCGUGCCAUAUGCCGCCCUCGAAGCCAGCCCAGCAGCCGGCAUAGACACCCAGGGGAAUAGCAAGACCCUCCUUGCCAACCUCCUCCUGCGGCUUGCUCACCACAGCCUGGCCCAGUUCGGCGGGGCGGCCCUCGAACUCGUGUUUGCCGUGCCACAGGGUCACGGUUUGGUUGCCGCAGAUCGCGGAGCCCUUGACAUCGGGGUCGGCUGGGAGAAAGAAAGGAAGUGUUAG